AGCCAGAAUGGAUAUUCUUCUUGUAGUCAUAGCUUCUGUGCCGCUCCUUCUGGGACAAGAAUAUGAAGAAGAACCAGGAUAUGAAGAAAUAUAUGAAGAUUAUCAGGUGGUCUAUUAUACAGUCACUCCAUAUUAUGAUGAGGUAACAAUCAACUUUACCCUUGACUACUCCCUAUUUGAGGCAGAGGAUAGAAUGAAUAAUAAGGAAGAGACUAUAACUGAAGCUGGAGACGGGAAGGUUAACCUUGAGGAAGAACACCCAGACAAUGGCAUGCAGAAGACAACAGAAAAAACCAGUACUCUGUCCACUACACCAAAGGAAAGAUUAUAUACAAAGAACUGGGACCAAAAAGGAAAAGAAGAUGGCCACAAAGAAAGAGAAGGAUCUACUAAAGAGGAGUCUUCAGUUCUGAAUGUUGCUGUGCCCACUCUGCAGCAUCAUCUUCCACUCCUUCUGCCCUGGGUUCUGCUGAGGUGGAUAUUGCUACUUUAGAAGGAGAAAGAAUACUACUAUGACUUCUUUGGGAAGGGGGUCUGGAGUACAGAAAUUGGAAGAGGAAAUAAAUAAUUGAAUCACAAA